AUGGCAUCACCAACAGCUGCUGAACUUCCAAUGAAAAGACGAAUAUUUCGGGAUCCAAAUGAUGCAUUUUUGGAGUGUUGUAGGGAUCGACAGUUACCAGAUGCAUGCCUUAAUAAAUGCAAUUUUAAUUCUUACAAUCAACAAACUUUAAUGUUAAUGUACUUGCAACAAUAUGCAUGUCCAAUAAAAGCCAUGAGAGAGAUGCAAUUUUGCGCUGCACAAGGACGUGAUCAUAGGCCUUGUUGUUUGCGGAAUGGUAUAACGACAACAUUAGCUGGCGCAAAAUGUCUUACUUUUUGUGAUCAAAGGCCUGGUAAUAAACGUAAAUUUCUUAAAGCGAAUGAUUAG